CAAAACAACCAGAGUUGGAUGAGAAAUCCUUUAAUAUCAACCUGGAAUUGCUAUCUACCCAAAAAGAAAAAGUGGUGGAGUUAUUAUUGGAAACAUUCCAAGUCUAUGUGGAAAAGAUUAGUAAGUCAGAUCAAACA